GCAGCACCACCGAAGGAACAACCACCACCAUCGGAAGCAUCACCACAAGCCACGUCGACGGACCAGACUCAGACGAAUUCCCCUGCUGUUGCCUCACCGGCAGCAGAGAAUACCAAUACGCACCUUGCUAGUCUUUCAACGAAUGCUGCUACCGCGGGCGCCGAUCUGAACGGAUUAAAUCUUACCAGCACCCAGCUUCAACAAAUUAAUGCGGCUCAGGUUCAGGCCAUUGCUCAAGCUGCCGCCGCUGCCAUGGCCAACGGUAGCAACUAUCAUCAGCUUUUUGCAAACUUUGAUCCCAACAACGCUGCCGUAGCCGCUGCCGCCGCCGCCGCCAAUCAGGCCACCUCUUCCUCUCAACAAGCUGUAUCAAACACCAAUACUCCUUCAUCCUCCACCACACAAAUCACAGCGGAAAUGUUGAAACGAGAAUUGAUCAACCAAAAGGUACGAGCAGAUAACCGCGAACGAAAGAAAAGAUGGAGAGAACAAAACGAGGAACGAAACAAGGACAACGAUUUGCGAUGCCGUGUGAACAAGCGUGCGCAUAAACUUUUUGGCAAGGACGACAGCGAACACAAGCGUCGUUGGAUCGAGGAGGAAUUCUUAAAGCGGCAAUUAAAGCGUAAAGAAAAAGAACGUCGCAAACAAGCAGUGAAUGGCGCCAUUGGAGCCAACACGGGCGGGGGUCACAGUGACAGUGGAUCGAGCAAUCUGGAUUUAGCCGGUGGACAACCACAUCUUGAUGCUCAGCAAUUGCAAGCAUUGCAUGAGACAAACUACUUAUCCAUGCUUUGCAACAAUUUGGGCGCUUUAUCUCCUACGGCGGCGGCCAAAUUACUAAGCAACAGCAAUGUUGGCUCGGCAGCGAAAGCGCAGGAAAAAUCGCAACAGUUGUCCCUUCAACUUCUGGAUUUCUUGCAACAACUUCAACAAUAUCAACCGCAGCAACAACAAGCGUCCACGGAGAAUCCCACUUCCACCGACUACCAACUCCCCACCCAGACUUUCAGUACCUCCUCCUCCCCCAAUUCAUCUGAAACGUCGACGCCCAUGCAGCAUGACUCCACAAGACCCGAAGACCGAUUGGCCGCGCUACUGAGCUCCAGCAUUCAUUCCGCCGCCACCGCCGCUGCGUCUGCCAACAACUCGCAGCCGGCCACAAAGCAAGAAGGUGAAUCGUCCUCCUCGGCGGUGAAAAAAGAUAGCUCACAACAAUCUGAAGGGAGCCAGUCACAACAACAGCAACAGCAGCAGCAACGACAGCAACAAGGAAGUGGUGGUGACUACCCCAUGGAUGCCGUAUUAACAUUGAUGCAACUAAAUGCUGGUUGGCGGCAAUAGUGGGUGUUUAUUCUUUUUUUUUCCUUCAUUAUCACUUUCUCUUUUUUUUUCUCUCUCCUACCCUUUUUUUUAUUUUUAUUUCUCUUCCCCUUGAAUUUAUAUCGCCUUUCGGUUGGGUUGAAUCGAUCGAAAAUCGUAAAUCAAUUAGUUACUAGUGGUUACAAUGAU